GAGAGGGGCACUGAAUGCUAAAUUUGUCUAAGUCUCCAUCAUCCCAACAUCUCAGAUGUCCCACCGGCCGGCCGGCGCUGCGCGGAUGUUGCACUGGUUCCUCUCAUGGUCAGAGGGGAUUGCGCGAUUGGCUGCUGCCUCCUGAGGCUGCAGGGCUGUCGGCGGGCUGGGAGUGACACCAAGGUGACUGAGGGGAGGCUGUAUAAAUUGCUGGCGCAGUGCAAACCUCUCCAGAGACGAGAGCGAGAGCAUAAGCCAGACUCUUCUUGUGUGACCUUUUCGCUGCCGUGCACGACCACAGGCCAUUGCCGUGAUGACUGCAAAAGCUGAGCUUUCAAGCUGGCCGGAGUACCCAGAGGAUUUCACCCUGCUGCCGCAGCGCAACAUUCCCUACGUCAACUCCAAGACUUGGAUUUCUUCUAAUUCACUCCAUGCGUUCUCCAGGAGGGACGCGCACGGCGCUGGAGACGCGGGCCUCUCGCUGGACAAACUUGAGCCGAUGAGCAAACUUCCUGACUGCGUGUCCGCUGCAGGCAUCGCGGAGACAGACUCUGACAAGGCAGCAGAGGGAGACAGGGUGAGCCACUUUGGCCCGCAGAAACACAGGCGCGUCGCAGCCAACGCCAGGGAAAGGAGAAGGAUGCACGGCCUCAACCAGGCGUUUGACGAGCUGAGGAGCGUCAUCCCCUCGCUGGAAAACGAGAGGAAGUUGUCCAAGUACGACACCCUCCAAAUGGCGCAGAUUUACAUCAAUGAGCUGUCGGAGCUGCUGACCGGUGUGGUUCACCCUGAGUGCAGGAGUCCCCGUCCAGGCGCAGCGGACAAGACCUCCAGGAGGAGUCUGAUUCACUCUCUCAGUGACUUGGGUUCAAAUCAAUCAAUGACUUCUUCCAACAGCAGUGAUGGGGAAUCUUCGCACCUCAGUGACACGGAGGAAAGUCCGAGUGGAAGACAGUAACUAGGAAACCACUGAUUGUCACCGUUUAUGGCGCCGUGUCUGUCAUAGAAUGAACCAGGAGAGCCAAAUACUACAGCUUGUAGACAUGUUGAUCAUAUCAGAUAGUCCUCUAAUAUUCUCCUGUUAUUUUUUAAUAGCUUAGAUGACGCACUGCCAAUGACAAAACACCUACUGAGAUCUUGAAUUCUUUACUUCCUACGGCCUCGAUGAACACCCAGAGGCCUUUUUUUAAUGCACUUUAUGCCAUGAACCAUCACUAAAGACAUUCCCUGUGUCAUUAGUGACAUUUGUCUAAAUUAAAAAAAAACAAUUAUUUUGAUAUUUAUGUAUAGCUAUGGGGUAUUUUAUGAGGAUUGUUUUGCUACA